AAACUCUGUCGGUAACAAAAUUUCUUAUAAACAGUAUUGCAAGGUUUGAGGUUAUAACGAUUAUAAGUGAUUGAUAUAAAAAAAGAAUAUUACAUUACGGCACAAUGUCAACACGAUUCUAUCCUCUAUAUCAAAAAGGCAAUCCACAGCUGAGAGUCUUUUUACCAAAUUUCUGGAUGAAGCUAAUUAAACCUACGGACAAACAACUUCCAAAUAUAGUACAGUUUCACUGCUCCAUGGAAAUGACUAAAUAUGACAUAAAAAAUUAUUUGGAGAAGAUUUACAAAAUUGACAUUGUUGAAAUAAGGACAAGAAUUGCUAUGGGAAGAUUCAAGAGGGAUCGAUUACAGCACUGUGUCAUUAAAGAAGAUGACAGGAAAAUAGCUUAUGUCAUACUGCCAAAGGACCAGUCAUUUGUGUUUCCCAAAUUAUUCGAGGAUGUAAAAAAGACAGACGAAGAAAACUUAAACAUGCUUAAAAAGGACUUACAGGACUUUCUGGAACCCAACAAAGCGCCUGGAUUACCCGGUUGGUUUAGGAUUUAAUAUGUACAUACAUUACAAUGUUUAAGGAUUUAUAAUCAAUAAAAUGUAUUUGUUAAUAUUCCUAAGAAUAAUAUUCCACUUCUCAAUGACCAG